UGUUAUAAUAGAGAAUUUCAGGAGAGAGAACCGCCAGCUCUUUGCAUAUGCUCUGUACUGUACACACCAGAGACAACAACAGCAGCAACAGUAGGUUCAACAACCCAACCGUCUGUAUCUCCCGUCUUCAACCUUCACAAGUUGUAAUCUUUCUCGCUCUAGAAAUAGCUCUCUGAAACCCUUAUGCCUUAGCUUCAACGUUUCAAAAUGAUCAAAAGCGGUGUUUUUUGAGUUUUUUUUUUUUUAAAUCAAGACGGUGGCUUUUUCUGUUCGUUCGGUCCUUUUUUGUCUGAUUUUAUGCUAAAGAAACGGGAUUUGAAAAGGGUCUCUCUCUCUCUCUCUCUCUCUUAGCUAAAGAAUGACUUUUGUUUCUGCUGCAAAACUAGCCAACUUAUUAUUUUGAUUUUGAUAUGAUAGGCAGUUUUUCAAUUUUCAAAUUAACGUGAAUUAAUUUAAAUGGUUGAUUAGAGCCUUUUCUUUCUGUGUUUUACUUUACCCAUUUUAAUCAACGUUUCAAUACAUGAAUAAAGAAGCUUUUUUUCAAAAUGUAGUUGAGAGAGAAAUAGUUUCAAUGCUUGCCAGUUCAAAAUUUGCUCAUCGGAUCACAUUCAAGUGGUGGUUUCACUUUGAAUUUUGUGGCCUUCUUCUUUCCACAUUAGUUUCUAGAGGCUAAGAGAUCAAAAAUUUGAUGAUUUUGUUAAGUUUGGUUCAGACCCAUGAAAAAUUUUUCCUUUUUUAAGCAAAUCUCCAACAAUGGCAGAUCAGGAAGGAGACUCUCUCUUGGAGAGUACAAUAAUGCAGUUUCUUGGUCCAAGUAUUUGGUGUCGUCUGGGGCAGAGAUUAAGGGAGAGGGCGAGGUAGAAUGGAGUGCAGAUAUGUCCCAGUUGUUUAUUGGUAACAAAUUUGCAUCAGGGAGGCAUAGUAGAAUUUAUAGAGGUAUUUAUAAGCAAAGAGACGUGGCAAUUAAGAUCAUAAGCCAACCCGAAGAGGACGAGGACUUGGCUGCUACGCUUGAGAGGCAGUUUAGUUCAGAGGUGGCUCUGCUUUUUCGGUUAAGCCAUCCUAAUAUAGUCACUUUUGUUGCAGCUUGCAAGAAACCUCCUGUGUUUUGUAUAAUCACUGAGUAUUUGGCUGGAGGCUCAUUGAGAAAAUAUCUCCACCAGCAAGAGCCGCAUUCAGUUCCACUCAACCUAGUUCUGAAAUUAGGUCUUGACAUUGCACGGGGAAUGCAGUAUCUUCAUUCGCAAGGGGUACUUCAUAGGGAUCUGAAAUCAGAAAAUUUACUGCUCGGAGAAGAUAUGUGUGUUAAAGUUGCUGAUUUUGGCAUCUCGUGCUUGGAAUCUCAGUGUGGUAGUGCAAAGGGAUUUAUGGGGACAUACCGUUGGAUGGCUCCUGAAAUGAUUAAAGAGAAACAUCACACAAAGAAGGUUGAUGUUUAUAGUUUUGGCAUUGUGCUGUGGGAGCUUUUAACUGCACUGACACCAUUUGACAACAUGACCCCAGAACAAGCUGCAUUUGCAGUCUGCCAAAAGAAUGCACGACCACCAUUGCCCCCUGCAUGUCCGUUGGCAUUUAGUCAUCUCAUCAAUAGAUGCUGGUCAAGCUAUCCAGAUAAAAGACCACAUUUUGAUGAGAUAGUUGAAAUUUUGGACAGAUAUUCAGAGUCCCUUGAACAGGAUCCAGAAUUUUUCUCAAAUUACAAACCUUCCUCUGAACAGACUAUUCUGCGUUGCUUACCGAAAUGUAUGCAGGCCAUCGUUCUUCUUCUGUAAAAGCCUAGUACCUCUUUCGUCAAUUAUGUGUGAUGCUAAGCGUAACAUAAUUGAUAAUUCUUUUCUUGUCAUUGGUUUGUUAGGAACUUAUCUGUAGCCCCUUUUUUUGUGUAAUCCUUUGGCAUCAAAUAUAUUGGAACAACAAAGCAGUUCCUUUCAUUGAUGCUUUAAUGAUUAUGUGCUACCUUCUAUA